AUGGCUUCUAACCCACCCGCUGAUUACGGCAAAGAGGCCGUUCUCGAUGUCGCUGAGUCUCGAGAUGUCGAGACUGGCGAGGUCAAGAACGGUGGUCUUAAGCAAGAUCUUAAGAACAGACACAUGCAAAUGAUUGCCAUCGGUGGUGCUAUCGGUGCUGGUCUCUUCGUCGGUUCAGGUGGUGCCCUCCAGAAGGGUGGCCCUGCUGCUCUCCUCAUCGGAUAUCUCAUCAUCGGUAUCAUGCUUCUCUGCACAUGCUUGGCUCUCGCUGAGAUGGCUGUCCUCUACCCCGUCAACGGUGCCUUCUUUACCUACAUCGUCCGCUUCGUCGAUCCUUCUUGGGGUUUCGCCAUGGGUUGGCAAUACGCUCUUGCUUGGUUGACCGUGCUUCCGUUCGAACUCAUCGCCGCUUCCAUCACCAUCAAGUUCUGGAGAGAAGAUAUCAACAUGGCUGUCUGGGUCACCGUCUUCCUCGUCGUCCUUAUGGUUGUCCAGGUCUUUGGUGUCCGCGGUUACGGUGAGGUUGAGUUUGUUCUCUCCAUCAUCAAGAUCUGCGCCUGUGUUGGCUUCAUCAUCCUCGGUAUUGUCAUCAACUGCGGUGGUGUCGGUAACCAGGGCUACAUCGGUGUUAAGUACUGGCACGACCCUGGUGCUUUCACCAGCUUCAAGGGUUUCUGCGCCGUCUUCGUUGUCGCUGCCUUCUCCUUCGGUGGUACUGAGAUGGUUGGUCUGGCUGCUGCUGAGUCUGCCGAUCCCCGCCGUUCUAUCCCCAUGGCUAGCAAGCAGGUCUUCUGGCGAAUUGCCAUCUUCUACAUUCUCAACCUGUUCAUCGUCGGUCUUAUCCUCCCCGCCAACGACCCUCGUCUCUUGGGUGCCAGCGGUGCCAACACCAAGGCCUCUCCCUUCGUUCUCGCUAUCCAGGAUGCCGGUAUCAAGGUCCUCCCCAGCAUUAUGAACGCUGUUAUCACUAUUGCCGUCCUCUCUGUCGCCAACUCUUGCACUUUCGGUUCCACCCGCACCAUCCAGGCUAUGGCGGAGCGCAACAUGGCUCCCAACUUCUUCAAGUACAUCGAUUCCGCUGGUCGCCCUCUCUACUGUGUCGCUCUCCAGAUCGCCUUCGGCCUCCUUGCCUACAUUGGCGCUGCUCCUCAGGGUGGUGAGAUCUUCGGCUGGCUCCUUGCUCUUACCGGUCUUGGUUUCCUGUUCGUCUGGGGUUCCAUCUGCCUUGCCCAUAUCCGCAUGCGCGCUGGUAUGAAGGCUCAGGGUAUCAACCUUGGUCUUAUCCCCUACAAGACCCCAUUCGGCACUGCUGGCUCUUACCUCGGUCUCAGCCUCAACAUCCUGGCUCUUAUCGCCUCUUUCUACAACGCUCUCUACCCUGCCUCUGGUGCUUCUCCCGCCGCCGAGGCCUUCUUUAGCUCCUACCUUGCUUUCUUCUCCGUCGCCAUUCUCUAUCUCGGCUACAAGAUCGCCAACCGCAAGUGGCAGAUGUUUGUCCGCCCUGCUGAGAUGGACUUGGCCACAGGAGCUGUCUUCCUUGAGGAGGAGGAGCCCAAGGAGCCUUUUGUCUGGUCUCAGGUCCCCAAGCGAAUGCUCCGAAGCUUCGUAUAA